AGAGAAACCAUGGCAUCACUCUUGGUCUUGUGCACUUGAUCGCCUCUCUUUCACUCGUGUGCAGUGGGUACUUAUGCAGGGUAUUUAUUGUAUUGGGUAGUGAGUGCAGAGUCUGCAGAGACUUUAUGGAGUGGAUAUAUACUAUCCAUGUGUAAAUACCUACCUACAGGUUAAAAAGCUAUAGAACCGAGAGAGGUGCGUUAAUAUAUAGUUACCUCAUAGAAUUUUCUGGUUUUGUACUUUGGUGCUCCGUUUAAUCUCGCUCACAGGGUGAUAGAUUUCUUUGAUGAAACAAGUGAAAAAUAUAAAAAAACUUAGGCGAUCGUUGUCACAGAAGCUGUCUGCUGGAGUUGUCUCUCUGCGUGCGCUCUUUACUUCUUUCGGAGGUACACAUUGAUGCCAUUGAUGCUGAUGAUGAUGAGGCUCACGAAAGAAGAAUCAUAUACUUAGCUUGUCCACAUUCAGAAACAAUUUUACGCUCCUGAGAAUCGCAGUGUGUUUUAAUGGAGUGUGGUGAGGGACACUUUCUCGGUGUUUCGAAAAUUAUGACAUUUUGACCGCAUGGAUAAUGGGAGAUUGGAUAUUUUCCAAAAAAAAACAGCUUAAACUUUUUGUUUACACCGUAAAGCAGGUGAAUAAAUGAAAGUGCAGUAAUUACGUUGAUAAAGAUUUUUUAAAAUUUAUGUUAAUCACCUUGCAAAGGUACAAGCUUAGCACUUAAACUUUAUUGUUUCACGAAUGUAAUAUAAAUCGAUUGCUCAAAUGAAUUAGUUUUACACUAUUUUUCAAUUGGAUUACCAUUUAACUUAUCUCAAGCACUACAUUUUUAUAAUUAUUUACCUUACCCUUUUUUUAUUACAAUGUAUUGAAAAACAUUUACAUUAAGAUAUACACUACAUUAAUUUUUGGAGCAGUUAUAACACAAGCUUCAAGUAGUGCUUUGCUGCCUGUACUUGAGUUCAGCAGAAAAUUGAAUUUCAAAUGUAUUUUAAACACAUAACUGAACAGUAACUCAUCAAGAGUAAUUGAUUUCAACACACAAACGAUUUCUUAAAAGAAUUGAAAAAAAUGAUGGGAUAUAGAAUAUCUUUGGAAUGUGGGGACACAUCGAGCUUACGUUCUAAAAAGACUCCCGACGGUUUUACUCAUGAUUGGGAGGUUUGGAUCAAAGGAGUCGACGACGCUCCAAUACAUCAUUAUAUAGAAAGAGUGGUAUUCAAUCUUCAUGAAACGUUUCCAAAACCAAAGAGAGUCAUAAAAGAGCCUCCGUACUGUCUCACGGAAUCUGGCUACGCCGGUUUUGAUAUUCCAAUUCACGUGUACUUGAAAAACAAAAAUGAACCAAAACGCUUUGACAUCCUGUAUAAUCUGAAUCUCGACACCUCAACUCCAACUGUUAGUCACCGCUCGUUGCAUAAUGAGGUGAUUGUUAAUCCCACUGAAGAAUUCAGGAAAAAGUUGCUGAAAGGUGGUGCCAUUCUCACAAACGUUGAUAGUCCGUUGGAAAAGAACGAGACGAAAACGCUGUCAAUGGUUGGCAAACCCAAGCUGAGUGGCAACUCCGAAGUGAAGAAGCACAGGAUAGUGGAGCCCAAAACUUCUAAUCAAUUCAAUGAUCUUUUUGGUCCUCCAAUUAAAACUGCAAAACUCACGCAGGAGAUCAAGAAAACGUCCGAAAAACCAAACAGUUUGAAAGCUCCUGCAGUCCCAGAAAAGUCCGACAAAGUUGACAAGAGUACAAAAGUUAAACAUAGCCCCCACAAGGAUAGCAAAAAGGAUAAGUCAUCGGAAGAAAAAAAGGAAAAGAAAGAGAAGGAAAAAGAUGGAGUCAAGGACAAGGAGAAGAGUAAAGAUAAGUCAAAAAGAUCUUCAAGUCCCAGUGUCAGUAAGGUGAGUCAACACAGUUUGGAUAAAAGGCCAUCAUCGCCGACGAUUAAGAAAACAUCUUCACCUGCUCCAACUGUGAAACGGUUGUCCUCGCCAUCGUCAAAACCCAAAGAAAAAGAAAGUAAAAAAGAUCCUGAAAAAGACAGAGACAGAGAAAAGGAGAAAUCAAAGGAUAGCUCUAAAAGCAACCCAAUAGAUGAAGUUAAAACUGAAAGGAGUGAAAAAGAAAGUAAAAUCGAGCGUAAAAAAGAUAGAAAGAAACACAAAGAAGAUCGGGAUAAAGAAAAAAAAGAUAAACACAGAGAUAGAGAACGAGAAAAAAGUAAGGAUAAAGAAGGAGUAAAGAGUAUUGAGAAGAAGGUUGAAAAGCCUGAAAAAGUAGAGAAGGAGAAAUCAGAAAUAAAACCGAUAAAAGAGGAAAAGAAAUCGCCAAAGACUUUGAAAGAAGAUGUGAAGCCUAAAGAAGAAAAAAUUUUAAAGCCAGAGAAAAUAGAAAAAAGUGAGAAAGAAAAGUCGAAAGAGUCAAAGAGUGAAAAAUCUGAUAAAUCAAAGCAUAAGCACAAAAAGAAAGAAAAAAAAGAGAAGAGGGAUGGCAGUCGGGAAAGAGAAAAAAAAGAUAAACGUGAGAAGUCAAAAAGUUCCAGUGAAUCCAAAGGCACUGAAGUCACCAAUCCUACUCCUACUCCUACUCCUACUGUUCUCGUACCGACACGCGUACAAGAAAUCGUGGAUCGAGACAGUAGUGACACUUCAGGCGAUGAAGACUCGGUUGUGGAGACAAGACUGAGCAGUGGUAGCGCUCCAAAGAAGGAGUUGCCGUCACCAGCACCUCCAGCAGAGGUUCAUCGGACAAUGUCUCCGCCACCAGCUCCUGCGGGUGAUAAAAAGGACAAAAGUGAUAGAAAACACGACAGAUCAAAGGGCAGAAGAGAAGAAAAAGAGGGCAAAAAACGGAAGCGAAAGAGUGAAAGUAAAGGUCCGGCAGAUGACGAAAUCGUGCCAGUGAAAAAGGGCAAGGACCGGGAUCAUUCAACUUCACCGUUAGUCGAGCCAGUAUCUUCUAGCCAGUCUCCAAUCGCGACGAAUGCAGAUCUUUUGUUGCCAAAGGUCAAACACGAGGAUCCAACUGUUAUCGAACCUACAGCCGGUGACAGCGAACAAGUCGCUCCCGAUUCGACAAACAGCACGUUAGUCGACACGGAAGAGCCUCUAGUCUUUUCCGAAGAUUAUGUAUUACAACUGAAAGAGCUCCAGCAGAAGAUUAUGACGCUGCAAGACAAUCAGGAGUUGCAGAGGGUCGUGCAGGUAAUCGCUGAGACUGGCCAAUAUGAAAUUACUAAAAAGACAUUUGAUUUUGAUCUGUGCACAUUGGACAGACGCACGGUUCAACGGCUCCAGCAGUUUUUCGCCUCUUGACCGACUGUCGCUUAAAGUGAAAAGAAGAAGAAUUAAUGUCUUGUUUUAUUGUAUCAUUGAAUAAUUUUGUGGGUUGAUUGGAUAGUGGCAAUGCACAUAAUGACUAUCGAUAAAAUUCGUUACUAUUAAUCAAACCAAAAUUAUAGGGUACCGAUAAAAUUGGUGCAGUAAAAAUUUUUUAAAUGUAUAACGCAUAAUAUGUUUACACUGACUGUAACCUCUCGUAAUUUUUUUGUCGUUUUGCUAUUCAUUAAAGUAAUGAAAUCAUGCACAAGUUUCAACACCAUCAAUGGGCAACUCUAUUUUCUAACAAAUAUUGCUACUUAUUUCGCAGUGAUAUGAGAAAGAAAAAGCGAUGACGGAGUUCGUUUAUACACAGUGGACUUUAUAUGUAUGAAUAGUUUUAUUGAAAGUCUUAAGUAUAGGUGAAUAAAAUUAAAUCAUUCAAA